AUGAAGCUCUCUUUGGUUUUUGUGCUUACCUUGACCCUUCAAGACGCCUUAGCGGCGUCUGUUCAGGCCCAUACCCGCGACUCCAUGGCUAGCAAUGCGACUCAGUAUGCUAUGCCGUGGCUGGCCAGCUUCAGCAACAACAACAACAACAACAACAACAACAACAACAACAACAACAACAACAACAACAACAACAACAACAACAACAACAACAACAACAACAACAACAAGCUUAGUUUUUCGCACGCAACCGUCGAUAUGAACGGGGCAGAGCUCACUGGACGCUCGAUUCUCGGCGUGGAGACCUUUAGUGGCAUUCCAUAUGCAGCUCCCCCCAUAGGCCAGCUUCGCUUCCGUCCCCCUCAAGAUUUCAGUGGCUUCGCUGACAAGUUUGAUGCUACGCGUCUUGCGCCUGCCUGUCCGCAGGUGUUUGUUGCUGCCGAUGCUAAAGGUGCCAUACUCAAAGUGCUCGACAGCUUUUUGGAGCUUCCCCUACCCAUCUUGGCCGACAUUACCAAUGGUCAGGAGGACUGCCUUACCGUGACCAUCCACCGACCUGCUGGCACUAAGCCUGGAGACAAGCUACCGGUGCUGUUUUGGAUGUACGGUGGUGCUUUUCAGCUCGGAAGCUCAAACACAUACGAUGGAUCUUCCCUCGUGACAGAAUCCAAACUAGCGGGGACACCCGUCAUCAUCGUGGCAAUCAAUUACAGAGUGGCUGGCUUUGGUUUUCUAGGAGGCAAGGAGAUUCUUGCAGAUGGCAGUGCUAACAUCGGCUCACUUGAUCAGCGCAAGGCACUAGAGUGGGUUGCGGACAAUAUCGCGUAUUUUGGGGGCGACCCAGACCGAGUCACCAUCUGGGGCGAGUCUGCUGGCGCCUUCUCUGUCUUCAACCAGCUUAUCAUGUACAACGGCAACGCAACCUACAAGGGAAAGUCCUUGAUAGCAGGUGGAAUCAUGAACUCGGGCUCCGUCUUACCCAUGGAGCCGGUAGACUCGCGUUAUCCGCAGGCCAUCUAUGAUGACAUUGUUAUCCGAUCGGGAUGUACUGGAGCUCUUGAUACUCUCAGCUGCCUACGCCAGGCACCUUACGACAAGGUCCUCACUGCUAUUCGAGCACAAGGUGGAAUUCUAUCUUUCAACGACGCCACAAUCCCUUGGUGGCCACGUCCCGAUGGAACUGUUUUCCCCUACAGUCCCGAGGUAGCACUCUCCAAGGGACUCUUUCAUAAAACCCCGGUCAUAAACGGGAUGCAGGAAGACGAGGGGGCCUUGUUCGGCCUGGUCCUUCCAGGUAUCGACACGACCAAGAAACUAGUCGACUUUUUCAGCUCGAACAUCUUCCGAACUGCGCCACGAGAGCUGGUCCAGCAAUUAGCGAAUCAGUUUUCCGAGGACCCUGCCGAGGGCUGUCCAUAUCGCACUGGUCAGCUGAAUCAACUUCAUGCUCAAUCUAAGCGUGUUUCUUCCUUGUUCGGAGAAAUGCUCAUUGGGACGCAACGUCGUGUCACGCUGCAAGCACUUCGAAAAGUUGCACCUGAUGUCCCGGCUUGGUCUUACAUCUCUUCCUACUACCAUUUGAUACCCUACCUUGGAACCUGUCACGCUACAGACAUAAUUCAGACCUUCUAUGGACUUCCAAUAGACGAUGCUUCUCUUGCAACGCGACAAUACUAUUUCAACUUUGUUACCAAUCAGGAUCCCAACAAGGGCCAUACCAUGAGCGUCAAGUGGCCACAAUGGGACGGAGGCAAUUCCAUCAUGCAAUUCGAUACACUUUCUCACAGUGUCAUCAAGGAUGACUUUAGAACGCACCUUUCUGAUUAUCUAGGCAGCGAAUGGGGAUCUUUCAAGCUUUAG